CCGGCCGGCGCGCCAACCCCGCGGCCCAGGCCGAGCCCGCGGCGGUUUGUGAAAUCAUGAAUCCUGUCUAUAGCCCUGGUUCUUCUGGGGUUCCCUAUGCAAAUGCCAAAGGAAUUGGUUAUCCAGCUGGUUUCCCCAUGGGCUACGCAGCAGCUGCUCCUGCCUACUCCCCGAGCAUGUACCCUGGAGCAAAUCCUACCUUCCAAACAGGUUAUACUCCUGGCACACCUUACAAAGUGUCCUGUUCCCCCACCAGUGGGACCGUGCCACCCUACUCCUCUUCUCCCAACCCCUACCAGACUGCCGUCUACCCCGUGCGAAGUGCCUACCCCCAGCAGAGCCCGUAUGCGCAGCAAGGCACGUACUACACACAGCCUCUGUAUGCUGCGCCCCCCCACGUCAUCCACCACACCACAGUGGUGCAGCCCAACGGCAUGCCGGCGACGGUGUACCCUGCUCCCAUUCCUCCGCCUAGAGGCAGCGGGGUCACCAUGGGCAUGGUGGCCGGGACCACGAUGGCCAUGUCUGCAGGUACCCUGCUGACUGCUCACUCGCCAACUCCUGUCGCCCCACAUCCAGUCACUGUGCCCACGUAUCGGGCCCCAGGAACACCCACGUACAGCUACGUGCCCCCUCAGUGGUGAUCUCCCUGCAUAGGUUUGAGGAUGGAGCUGUGCGGUCACAUCACGGAGGUUACACAGCUGGUGCUGCAGGCCUCGCGCCUCCAACCAGGACUUUCUUCUUAAUGCUCUCAACACUUAGCUAAACACUACUACGCCCGGCCCAGCAGGUCCCAGCGCCAUUAGUCUCCAACUAACUCUGUGGGUUGGUCUUAAAGCAAAUCCUGUUUUGUGGGUUGCCUGGCAAUUUUUUAGCUAACUAUAAUGAUUAAAAAGGGAGUAUUAAUCUAUUCUGAAUCAUAUCUAGUUGAAUGCAUGUUUAAAAAAACAAACACAAAAAACAAAGCUUGCUCAAUCUACCUGCAGUGACUGAUGCAAAACCAUCAUAUGCAAAACCCAAAGGAAUGGAAAAGUAUUUUACAAUUUGUAUCACUAAUGCACUGUUGCAAUGUAUGCAAAGUCUUAAAGUUAUAAGUGUUAACGUGAAUUUCUUCAUAGAGCAUCUGAAAUCUCUUAGAUGAUCCUUCAACCCUUUGGGGUUGAUUUGGGUUGCCAGUUGGAGCCACGGACUUUUUGUUUUCUGCCAUCUGUUCCUUCUGCACUGACUGGAGGGGGCUCCGGGGCUGGAGUGGAGGUAGGCUGCAGCUGCUGGCGUGCGGCCGGGCAUCCCUUCCUUCCCACUUCGACUUGCGGGGUCGCUGUCAUGUGGACAUACUCACAGAGGAUCACGAGAGAUUGGAGUUGUGUGGCCAGUACAUUUCGGGGUGAGAGGUGGUUUAUGUAUCAGCAAAGCAAUUUUCUCUGUUACUUAAAUUUUUGUUACAAAUCUCUUACAGGUAGAGGUGAUGUUUUCUGUAUAUGGAAGACGUCCUCUGUAGAGCUAAAUUAUUUUCCUGGGAUGGAAGAUACAUGAAAGAGAAGCAACCAUUCUUGGAGAAGUGUUGGCCUCUCUCUUAUUUAGCUUAGAAAGUCAUUCCUUUUCUUUUUUCCUGAGAAGUGUUUGAGUCAGCUGAAAACAUGGAGGCGUUUCUGGUUUUUCCCCACAAACAAGGGCCAGUUUCAGCUGUGUGUUGUGAAGAAAGUUGUAUAUUUAAGGACUAUUACAAGGGAACAAAAUUUUAUUUGAAUUAGUCAUUUCUCCGAGAGAGGCAGUGCAGUUGACUGGCCCUGUCCAUGGGAUGGGUUUGUCCUGUGAGCCUGUCUGAAGGUCUUGGAGAUGGUGUGGGCAGCUGAGGGAAGGGCUGAUGCCUGUUGUCGGUGGACCUCUUCUGCCGUCUCUUCUGGCAGCUGAGGGUACUCAGUACCAAGCAAGCAUGGAUGGCAAGGAGCUGGGCAGUAGAGAAUGCAUUUGCCUGCCAGAAUUUAUUAUGAAAAGGAUUUUGUGUUUAAAAUCUGAAUUUUGUACAUAAGAAAUUAAGAGGAAUCUUUAGCUUAAAUGUGCCCAACUUGUAUCGAUGGAAUUGUGUUACCUGUUCUCAGAGGGGGUGGGGGAAGUGAGGGUUUUCUUCUCUUUCAGCAUCUGUCAGGCAGGAUGGGUGUGCCCCUGUUCCUCCCCAUCUUUGUUUCAAGUGUGGGCUUUGGUUGGGGGGUGGGGGUGGGGGGAAUCUGCUCUUCUGUCUCUGGCAGCUAGCUCAGGACUGUGGCGCUGGUUUGGCAUUCAGCCCCGAUUAGUGAGUGGGGCACCUGACCCCUGAGCCUUUGGUAACCUAUUUUAUACAGUAACUAUUCUUCAUAAUUUUCAUUUUCACAUUUUCUUUUACAAGAAAUUUAGGGAUAUUUUUUGCAUGGAUCAUUGUAAACAGAAGAUUUCCUUAUUCCUAAUGCCCAUUAGCAUAGUGUGUUUACUGGUAAGUACUUUAAAUUGCUUCAUGAGCACUUAAUCCAUGUGUGCGCGCGGCUGUGUCUGUGUGAGAGAGAGAGCGUGCAUGUGUGAGCAGCCAUUUGUCCCAGGUACACAGUUUGUGUCCACGUCUUCAGCUCUGUUGGCAUUUCCUUCUGUGUUGUGGAUGAUCUGUAAUACGAGUAGGUUCUAAGGAUCCCAGGGGCUGAACUACAGAGAAGUUAGUUGCCCAUUUUAGUGAUAAUAGAAUAGGAGAAAAUACAGGUUUAAUAUGUGCUUAAAAUAAAAGCCCUGAACAACAGCAUGGGAAAAGACACGUGUGCACACGUAGGAGACCGGGUGAAGCGGGUGGGGUCAUUGGAAUUCAGGAGGAAGGUAUAGGAAGUUACAUGGGAUGGUUCUUCAGUUUCGCACACCCUGGGUGAGUGUCUCCACGGGCACUGACUUUAAAGGAUGUUUUCAAGAGAAGGAAGGGUGGGUUGCACCCUCAUCCCUCCCUCCCUCCCUCCCGCCCCCCCCCAUUUACAUCAACUUCAUAAACACUUUUCUCCCUAUAAUUUUUUUCUGACUCUUUUUUACCUUUUGUGAAUCUGAGUUGGGAGACUUAUCAAUACUUUCACAUUACAGAUGUGGGUAUCUCUGCAGCUUUGAAACUUGGGGCAUAAGCUAUCAAAUAUGAAAGGUAAGAUCUUGUCUGGCAGUUAGAAUCUGGACAUAAGAAUAGUAACGAAACUAUCAUAGGUUGUAAUUUGAGCAACAUUUAGUUCCACUAAAAUUAAGGAGUAGAACUUCUGUUACAAAGUUGCAUAAUUUACUAUCCCAAGCACAAUAGUGGAGCACUCAGAGAAACUUUUGUUCUGUGUGUCAUUCCUAAUUUCAGUCUUUCAGCUGAAUUAUGGUUCUUUCAAAAGUUGAGACAGGCAAGCAGGGACCUAAUUCUUGUAAACAUGGACGUCAUCAUGGAAUCACAAAAUUUUGUGCUGCAACCUCUUGUUUAGUUUGGAGGUCUAGUUUUCUCUCUGGGAUUCUGCUUGGGUCUGGCAGUGACUGGGUGUCAUCGAGGAGCAGUGUCCACGCCGUGAGCUUGCAGCCUCUGAGCAGUGAGGUCAGCAUCGGGGCCAUUUGUGUUAACAGGCACAGGGCACUUCCAGACAUUUCUGUCUCUUGUGUGACCUGUUUCCGGUACAUGCUUGUUGGUUUAGUUUUAGGUCCGCCACUUGCUUUUCUCUACUGUUCCUUGAGUGCUAUGCAAAUGUAUUUAUAGGAGUGAGAGUUCCUGGGUUGGGCCCCUGUUUGGUGCGUGCCCUGCCCUUCUUCAGCUGGGCAGAUAGAUGCUGCUUGUUCAUCUGGUGGCUCCACUCUUCAGUGAGAGGAAAUCUAAGGCACUUUGGUUGCAUUAGUAUUUGGCAGCAUUGUCCCCACGUGGUAUCUGUGAGCGCCUGCAGCGGUGGUGAAAGGAUGGCAUGUACCAGAGGAGCCAGUAUUGUGGCCUAGACUCCACCUCUCCUCUGUACAUACUUGGAAACAAGUGUUUCCAGUUGGGCCACAUCGUCAGGCAGUUAACGGCUGGACAUCCCAGUCACUGCCAUUGCUUAGGACAGGAUGCCUCGCUGACCUUCCAGUGGGCACAAAUGCAGGUUUGAGGUUGUGUGGCCCGAAGUGGGAGGCAAGUUCUGGUUCCUCUCUUUAGUGCUUUUUUGGGGGUGGGUGUUCUCUAAAGAGGAGUGUGGUUGGCUGUGGGUGGGCAGGCUGCUUAGCUCACCUCUCUUGCACAUCUCAGAUGUUUGUGUGUUUGCCCUGAGCUGUUCAUUAUUCAACGGGCACUUCCUGAAGGAGUAGCGAAUUUCUGGCUAGACUGCAGAAGACAUGUGGAGGAGGGAGUUGUCUUGUUUGUGAGAACGUUGCAGCGUUGGUCUUACUGUUUUAGAGAAUUGGGCUCUUUGGGCUCUUCAUUUGAAAAACAAAACCUGUGGGGUCACCUUGAGGCCCCAGGACUAAAGCCAAGUCAUGGGGGACAAGGACGCAGGAGAGGCAGGUGUCUGUGUAGGGAGCCCAUGGUAAGCUUGAGGAGGGUUCCCCUUGACUGUGUGCUGGAGGACGCUGAACUCUGCUGGAACCCCUUCCUCCUGUGGGCUCAGCCACCGGUCUCCCUGGGCCCAGUGAUCCGUAGAUUAGUUGGGCUGGAUCUGAGCUGGCAGCCCGGUAGGGUUGCUGUGGCAGCCCCAGGAGAAGCCCAGAGGCCCACAUGGGUUGUGUGGCUGACCAGGAAAUAAGGUUACUUUAUUUUCUUUUAAUGAUUUUUUAAAUAUUGGUUUUUUUUAGACCUGUCUCUUGGUACUUUUUUUAAGCUUGAGUCAAAAUUGUCUUCCAGUGUUACAGGCACCCCUCACCUUUGCAUUGAACUUACCAUGUCAAUCAGUAUAAAAGAAUGGAACAUCCAUCCUGAGCCAGUUCCAUUACGUGUAAAUUCAUACUGUUUUAAUUUUUUAUGCAAUCUGAUGAAUAGAUCAGCUCAGAUUUAAAAUUCUUAAAAGCACGUUUAUUGUAACAAGAAUUGUUAUGUAUUAAUACUGCAGUUUUCAAUAAAGAUUGACUUGUGUUGCAGAUUGUGGUUUUCAUGA